AACCUGAAUGACCCUGUACUCCUGUGUCCCAACUGUCCCGUGACAUCCUCCUAGAGUCCCAAUUUUGGUGAAACCCAACAGUAUCAACCAACGUAUUGUAGUCUAACAAAAAACGCAAUUACGAUGCACAAUGGAAGUUCAAACCAUCCAUCUCUGUACACCUAAUUUCUGAACUCGCCUCCUUACAAACACCGACCACACCUAAAUCCAGGUUGAAAAUGGCAUUUCCUUUGCUUUGAACGGGUGUCAGAGAGCCGCCAUGUCCAGUUCUGAGGCCCAAACGGAUGCGCUGUGGGCAGUGGCUUAUCAAGCGGACGCCACAUGGUCCAACGAUCUGAGUGCUUAUCAGAAGGCCAAUAUGAGUCUGUAUCUCAGAGCUCGCCACGUGCAUGCCAUCAGCUCCAAGUGGUCACAAUUAAGUCCGCGCACAGUCAGGGACAGUAUUCCCCAGAGCAAAUUGGCUCAAUAUGCCAACUAUGAGUACAAUGAGGCGCGCGAACUGUCCUACUCCCCAAUGGUGAUGAGUUUUGAGAGGCUGUGUGAUACAUUCGAUCCAGACGAGGUCAAGGAGCCCUGGAUGUUGGAGGAUGUGGACGAUCUGUUGUUUGCGUUUCUGAGCAUGGGAGGUGAAGACUAUGAAGGUUGCAGUGAACAUGACGACGUUUUCCCUUGCCGCAAGGCCUUUUGUGAGAAGUCGUUCGAGUCGCCUUUUCUGGAUGCCCGCUCCUUCGACCAAAUGGCCCUGAAGCUGAAAAUAGUCUCUAGGGACAUAAAAAAGCUGUGGGAUAGCGAACACUUUCCCUACUACGGCUGGCAUCCAGAGCUGAAGACCAAGCAUUUGAUCCUGUUCAAGUCGGCAACUUCUCAGAUUUUCGCCGCCCUCAAUGAGAACGUGGACGAGAGCCAGUGGCUGAAUGUCUUGACCAAUUCAGAGGGCAAUUUGUGCCAGAUAAAAGCACUGACCAAGGCCCUCAAGGACCAAAACACCUGGAUCUUCAAAAACCAGUCGACUAGGUCUUGGCUGGAAGCUUCCAGCAGUUCUAUAGAACUGUCCACGCAUCGCAGGCUUUACUCGGCUGUCCUGCAGGGCUCAUCCCCACCUGCAGAGAGUAUAGGCUUCCAAGCCAAGCCUCCCACUGUUCAGAGGAGUGAAACUGGCACGGAAACCACUGCUGAGAGUCGGCAGGCUUUUCACUGUUCGUCCAAUUACUGCCAAUCGUCUACACCUUCCAGUUCAACUUUCUCCUGCACGCCCCCCAUCUACUCCAGCUACCAGUUUCUAAACCCCCGAUUGUUUUCCAACCACUUGCUGAAUUUUAGACAGGCCAGCUGUUUGCCUCUUGUUCUGCCAAACUGCCUCUUCAGCUAUCAGAGAGGGGUGUUCCCCAGUUACCGCCCCAUGGUGCUUCCUUCGACGGCUUUCUUCAACAUUCAACAUCCUUCGGUUAAAAUCAGUCAACAUCCCACAGUUAAUCUGUUGGCUGCCCGGCUUCCAGCUUCCAGCCCUGUCUUGCAAUCGCGGAUUACCCACUCUCUUAGUGAAACUCAGUGCAGACCUGCCAGGUCCAGUCAAGGGGAGGCAACCAAUGAGGCUGUGGAUCAAAGUAUCUUGCUGGAUGAUCCGGAGCCGUUUGUUCCAGUUACUGGCGUGUCUUCGGACGAAUUGGAACAGCAAGCACUGGAACAGUACGCCGCAUCCAACACCAAUGUGUUUCAAGAGCUGGAACGGCAGGCUGCUGAACAGUACGACACGUCGGAAAACUGGAACAGCCCCCCGAAAUACCGUGAGCUAAAAAUAUUGUUUCGGGGGGUCGCUUAGUAGUGUUAGAUUUAUAUUGAGGCGGCUAGUCUGAGGGAUUCGUUUGCCUACUAAUUUCCUCCUGUUUUCCAAUGUCCAGUUUUGUUCAAAUAUAAGGGUUUUGACUGUA